ACUAUAUACCAAGCCGGGUCCACACAGCAGAUGGAGCUGGUCGGCGCUGUUUACCCGCGCCUACAACAAGCUCCGAGCCUAAAACAAGCUGCUCCAGUCUCGCACGCCCAGCCAGCGCGGGUGCACGUCGGUGUGAGACUGUUUUGUGUAUCGUGCGUGUUUUAUUUAAUAUAAUAAUAUUGAAAUGGACGUGGAGAACCUCAUUACCUGUGUGUGGCAGAGACCUGCACUGUGGGACAAGAACGACAAAAUGUACGCAAACAGAAAUAUCGUGGACAAAUGUUGGAGUGAGAUCAGCGGCGAAAUGCAAUACGAUGAAACAGAACUGAGAAAAAAAUGGAAGUACCUCCGAGACCAGUUCACAGUAGAACUGAGGAAAUAUCCACCAGGUGACGCUGCUGCGGGCGACAGUCAGACACCAAAGUGGCGGUACUUCAAAUCACUGAUGUUCCUGAAAGACUUCGUGAAAGGUCGGCCUGCGACGGGAAAUUCAUCAGACGUGCCGUCCUCUGAAGGCCAAUCAGACGACGUGGAGCUGGGCGAGGAAGGGAUGGUCACUUCCCCAAUGCACAUUCGAGAUCCGCUGAUCGACGUGAGGACGGAGAUCAGUGCCAACAACAGAAGCACCAAGUACCUCAGAACAGAUGACCUCCGCCAGGGCAUCUUUGACAGUGAAAGGCAGAAGCUUCAGUACCUGUUAGAGAGGUCAUCUCGAAAGAGGGGCAGAGAGGAAGAUGAGGACCUGCUGUUCUUCAAGAGUCUGUUGCCACACGUCAAGAAAAUCCCGGACUCCAAGAAACUUGCUUUCAGAAAUCGCAUUCACGAAGUUGUUGAGGAGUUCGUGUACAAAUAACCAUUCUCUAGUCACCCCAGCCGCAAAUAACCAUUUUUUAAAAAUUCUGGAUAACCCAAAAUAUUCAUACAGACUCUCGGUGAAACGUGUAUAAUGUCCCAAAUUAUGAAGAAGAAAUUGUUCUUAUAUUGUGAAAGAUUAUGGAGUCUCCUGCUUUCGAAAAGUGAGAGGGAAAGACCUAUUUUAGUAUAAUGGAAGAAAGGAAAGGCGUAUUUUAGUAAAUUAGAAAGAAAAAAAUGAGUUAUUCUGUAUGGUCUAUAUACUUUGUUACUUUCGUAGAAUAAAUGAACCUAAUCCG